GUUUGAUGUCGACCAUGAAGACUCAGAGCGGAUUGAUGCUGCUGCUCGCCGUCCUCUCAGUCAGUGAAGGUGACGGCAGCAGAGUUGUCGGUCGACUAGAUGGAAAUGUCACUCUGCCCUGUACAUGUGACAUCAAAUACUACGGAGCGUUGCCAGUUUGUUGGGGUCGCGGAGAAAUACCAAACUCUGGCUGCAUCAAGCAGCUCAUCUCCACUGAUGGACAGAAAGAUACAGAAGGAAGCAGAGUUUCCAGCAGGUUUCAGUUACUGGGACGACUGGAUGAAGGAGACGUUUCCCUGACGAUACUGAACGUCUCAGAGACAGAUGCUGGACGGUACGGCUGCAGACUUUGGGUACCUGGGCCAUUCAAUGAUCUAAAAUAUCACAUCGAUUUGACCAUCGAGGAAGCACCCGUCACAACAACCCCCACCAGGCAGAGAGGAAGUGAUGUCACCUCGUGGAUAGGAAGUGAUGUCACAGGCGACCAUACCACAGAGUCCAUGGUGACACUGCCUCAGGAGAUGUGGAGCACAGCUGUCGCAAACAUCGUGAGACUCUCCUUCGUCAUCGCCAUCCUCCCAGCACUGCUGCUCACUGUCGCCUACGGAGUUUGGAGGCGUGACCAGAGAUCUGACAGCAGGCUGAACCAAUCAGAGAAGGAGGAGGAGGAUGAAGGCAGCAGCUCUGUGUAGAGACAGUAAACAUCCUCUGAUACAAAGCUGUGGUGUUGUUAAAGC